AUGGCGCCGGGGGAUGGCGGUCGCUCGCUCCCCGCUCUGCGCCCCGUAAUAGGCGAUGGCAUGUCCAAAAUACUGAAAUGCGCUGGAAACGAGGACAUCAUAACUCUGCGAGCAGAAGACAAUGCGGACACGCUGGCUCUAGUGUUUGAAGCACCAAAUCAGGAAAAAGUUUCCGAUUAUGAGAUGAAGCUCAUGGAUCUCGAUGUGGAGCAGCUUGGAAUUCCAGAACAAGAGUAUAGCUGUGUAGUGAAGAUGCCCUCUGCUGAAUUCGCACGCAUCUGUAGAGAUCUCAGCCACAUCGGUGAUGCAGUUGUCAUCUCCUGUGCGAAAGAUGGUGUGAAAUUUUCAGCAAACGGAGAACUGGGAAAUGGGAACAUCAAACUGUCACAGACCAGUAACGUGGAUAAAGAGGAGGAAGCUGUGACAAUAGAGAUGAAUGAGCCAGUCCAACUGACCUUUGCUCUGAGGUACCUCAACUUCUUCACCAAAGCCACUCCCCUGUCACCCACAGUAACGCUCAGCAUGUCUGCGGAUGUCCCUCUGGUUGUGGAGUACAAGAUUGCUGAUAUGGGACACUUAAAAUACUACCUGGCUCCAAAGAUUGAAGACCAACAAGAUGGCUCUUAAUUGGAGUGGGACUGAGGGGGAGAUCCGGUCGGCUCUUGGGAGAGGACGGCUGCUUUGCAGAAGGCAAUGAUGGUGUCAGCAAUUUCAGUGCAUUGGAGCAUCGUCUCAGCACUGUUAGGAGUUGUGUAGAUAUCUUUGUAAAUAUUUUUCAACUUACUAUUUUACUACACUGAUAUCAUUGGAAAUAGGAAAUUUUGCUUUUUUAUAGUCUAUUCCUGUACUUCCAGUAAUCUUUUAGAUGCUGUCUUAGGGUGAAAUA